UUCGUGUCUUCUUUUCCAUUGUUUCUCUCCACGUGUCCCCGCAUUUUCUCGUUGAUCUCUCUUUAUUCUGUAUAAACUUUUCCCAUGGGUUAUUUUCUCUUGUUUUGAUCUUUUCAUUUCUUUUUUGGCUUGAAUCAUUUGAUUUCAUUGCUUGCAUGUUUCAAAAUGGUGAGAGUAAAGGGUUUUGUUUUAACUGAGGAAAUAUUGUUGAAAGGUGGAGGAAUGAUGUUUGAUUGGUGGGAUGAGAUUGAUGAAUCUGAUGAAUGGCAUAGAUUCAUUUUCUAUUUCUUAUCAGCUUCCUAUGCUCUUGUUUCCAUUCUUGCCCUGGUACAACUGUGUCGUAUUCAAUUGAGAGUACCAGAGUAUGGGUUGACAACACAAAAAGUUUUCCACUCAAUGAACUUGUUAUGUUCUGGAGUGAGGGCUGUUGUGUUCGGUUUCUACAAGAGUGUGUUUCUCAUUAAAUCCAAGGCACUUGAAAUGGUGCUUCUGGAUCUUCUUGGUCUUUUGUUUUUCUCGACAUAUACAUUGCUUGUCCUUUUCUGGGCUGAGAUAUAUCACCAGGCAAGAAGUCUUCCAAUUGAUAAACUUCGGCCUGCAUACUAUAGCAUCAACGGACUUAUAUACUUUGUUCAGGCAUAUCUAUGGAUUUCAAUAAGAUUAAGAAAGAGCUAUCUUACAGUGGAAAUUAGUAAACUCUUUGUUUCAGUUAUAUCGUUCUUUGCUGCAUUGGGGUUCAUGAUAUAUGGUGGGAGUUUGUUCAUCAUGUUGAGAAGGUUCGCAAUCGAAUCGAGAGGCCGCCAGAAAAAGCUGUUUGAGGUCGGCUGUGUAACGGGAAUCUGCUGUACUUGUUUCUUGAUAAGAUGCACCGUGUUGACACUCUCGGCCUAUGACGUGAAAGCUGAUCUUGAUGUUUUAGAUCAUCCCAUCCUGAAUCUGAUCUAUUACAUGUUGGUAGAACUUCUUCCUUCAGCUUUGGUGCUGUUCAUUCUUCGAAAAUUGCCUCCGAAACGCAUCUCUGUACAAUACCACCAAAUAAGGUGAACUGAAUGCAUGUGU